AGACGGGGAAAGAAAUGCUGCAUCAGGGUAUAAUCUUGCGUGAAGGACAUGUAACCAGAACCAUUUACAAUUUGAUUAAGGAUAAACGUUACGAAGAUGUCAUCGAGUGCAUUGUGAAUUUCGGUGAAGCAGCCAAUACCAGGGCUGGAUUAUCGACUCUGGGGCAUUGCUAUUACCAUGCCCAAAAGUACGAGGAGGCAGCCACCUGCUAUGAACAGCUGUGCCAAUUGGUGCCCAAGGAGCCCAAAUACAGAUUCUACUAUGCCCAAUCUCUGUAUCAGGCUGGCAUCUUUGCGGAUGCUUUGCGUGUCCUUAAGCAAAUCGGUGACCAACAUCAGGAUGAGCAGCUAAGAGAGCAAUGUUUACAAUUGCAAAGCGCCAUCAUGUACUCUAGCGAGGAUUAUGCUGGAGCGCAGAGUUUGCUUAAUCAGCGGGCGGGGGGCACAGCAGAAACUCUCAAUGAUGAGGGCUGCCUGUUGUACCAAGCCGAUCAGCAUGAAGUGGCCAUUCAAAGAUUUCAAUCUGCCCUCCAGGUUGGCGGUUUCAAUCCACUGGUGGCCUACAAUGUGGCCUUGGCUCAUUUUCAGCGCAAACAGCGGGCUCAGGCCUUGGAUUAUACGGCGGAAAUUGUGGAGCGUGGCAUACGCAAUCAUCCGGAAUUGGGCAUUGGAGCCCAGGUGGAUACAGAUGGCAGUGCUCGUAGUGUGGGUAAUCCCAUUACCAUGGCCAUGUCGGGCAUUACUCAGGCCCUCAAUUUAAAAGCCGCUUUAGAAUAUCAAGAUGGCAAUGAGGAGGCGGCACGAGACGCUCUUCUGGAUUUACCACCGCGGGCGGAGAGUGAAUUGGAUCCAGUCACCUUGCAUAACAUGGCCCUUACCGAUGCUCAAGGUCCAGUUGCAGGCCUAAGGAAGUUGGCCUUCUUACUACAACUUGGAGCCCCGUCUUGCCCGAAAGAGACAUUUGCCAAUAUUUUGCUCAUUUGCUGUCGUCAUGAACUUUACGAAACUGCAGCUGAUAUAUUGGCAGAACACACGGAUCUCACCUAUAAAUAUUUAUCACAAUAUUUAUACGAACUAUUGGAUGCCUUAAUCACGGCCCAGACCAGUGCCGAGUUGGCAGAAAAGAAACUGGGUACCUUAGCCUCAAGUUUGUCGGGAAAAUUGAGAAGUCUGGCGGCAAGAGUGCAAGAGGUGAGGGCCACCAGUGAACAGCAAGCUCUGCGAGAUGCCCUCAAGGAUUACGAACAAGCUCUCGAACUCUAUUUGCCUGUGGUUAUGGCUCGCGCUUGGAUCUCAUGGCGUGACGAUGAUUUCGUCGGAGCUGAACGCGAAUUUCAUUCCAGUGCCGAGUUUUGUUCUGAGAAUGCCAUUUGGCGUCUUAAUGCUGGCCAUGUGCUCUUCAUGCAGGGCGACAAAUACAAAGAGGCAGCUGCCUUCUAUGAGCCAAUAGUGCGACAACAUCCCGAUGAUAUCAUGUCUGUUUCAGCGGCCGUCUUAGCCAAUUUAUGUGUCUCCUACAUCAUGACAUUCCAAAAUGAAGAGGCCGAGGAACUAAUGCGUAAAGUGGAAAAGGCUGAAGAACUGAAGGGUAAUCUGGGCAAGCAAUAUCAUCAUCUUUGCAUUGUUAAUCUUGUGGUGGGCACUUUGUAUUGUGCCAAAUCAAACUACGAAUUUGGUCUGUCACGCAUCGCCCAUGCCCUGGAGGGUGGUUCAGGUGCCAGACUCUAUGCCGACACCUGGCUACAUGUGAAACGUUGUGUCUUGGGUCUGCUCACUGGCAUGGCCAAACAGAAUUUCAUUUUGCCCUAUCCUGCGGUUCAGGAAGUAUUGAGUUUCCUCAAAUCCUGUGAAGCAUAUGGUCUAUUCACACCGGCUAAUAUAUAUACGGCCACAGAUCAAGUGCCAGAUGAGCCAUUGACCAUUGGACUUGAGGCCAGAAAAUUGAGGUUGCUUUUGCUCAAGUUAAGCGAAUAUGAGAAUUAAGUUUAAAGAGUCAAUAAUAAAGUGAAUAUGUGUAAGUUUUACUUGGAAA